GUCGCCGCUGCUGCUUCUCCCGAGCCGCGGCCCCCGCCCGCUCCCUCCCUCGCGGGGCCGCCCGUCCGCGUCAGCAACCACCGCGCUCCCGCACGGGCCCACAGGCAGGCGCCGGUUGUGCGCUCCCCGCCCCUUCCUCCCCUGUCUUCCCCUCACCCCGCCGUCCGCCCGGCCCCUCUCCCGCCGGCCGAGUCCCGGAGCGCCGCCGCCGCCGGGGUGUGAGCGGGGCCCGGCGCCGUGCCGGGCCGUCCCUCGCCGGCGGGGCCAUGGCCGCGAGCGCCAAGCGGAAGCAGGAGGAGAAGCACCUGAAGCUGCUGCGGGAGAUGAGCAGCCUCCCGCCCAACCGCAAGUGCUUCGACUGCGACCAGCGGGGCCCCACCUACACCGACAUGACCGUGGGCAGCUUCGUGUGCACCUCCUGCUCCGGCAUCCUGCGGGGCUUGAAUCCACCCCACAGAGUGAAGUCGAUUUCAAUGACUACCUUCACACAACAAGAAAUAGAAUUUCUGCAGAAACAUGGAAAUGAAGUGUGCAAACAGAUCUGGCUAGGCCUAUUUGAUGAUAGAUCAUCAGCAAUUCCAGACUUCAGGGAUCCACAGAAAGUAAAGGAAUUUCUACAGGAAAAAUAUGAAAAGAAAAGAUGGUAUGUUCCUCCAGAGCAAGCAAAGGUGGUGGCAUCAGUCCAUGCGUCCAUAUCUGGGUCUUCUGCCAGUAGUACAAGCAGCACACCUGAGGUGAAGCCACUCAAAUCUCUCUUGGGAGAAGCUGCACCCGCACUGCACUUAAACAAGGGCACACCUAGCCAAUCUCCUGUUGUAGUUCGAUCUCAAGGACAGCAGCAACAAGAAAAGAAACAAUUUGACCUCCUCAGUGAUCUUGGCUCAGAUAUCUUUGCUGCUGCUCCUCCUCAGUCAACUGCUACAGCAAAUUUUGCUAAUUUUGCACACUUCAACAGUCAUACAGCGCAGAACUCUGCCAAUGCAGGUUUUGCAAACUUUGAUGCAUUUGGACAGUCUAGUGGCUCGAGUAAUUUUGGAGGUUUCCCCACAGCAAGUCAGUCUCCUUUUCAGCCCCAAAAUACAGCGUUCAGAACGCUUUCAUCUAGCUGCAGUUUUGGUGAAUUUACUUCAGCUUUUCCUCUCCAGGCUGUACACAGUGGAAGUGCUGGAUCAGUGAAUGCUAAUUUUGCUCACUUUGAUAACUUCCCCAAAUCCUCCAGUGCUGAUUUUGGAUCCUUCAAUGCUUCUCAGAGCAACGCCACAGCAACUGCAGGCAGUAAAGCUGCAGUGAAUAAACUGAAUCUUCAGUCAGCUGACAAAUAUGCAGCUCUUGCUAAUUUAGAUAAUAUCUUCAGUGCAGGGCAAGGUGGGAGUGAGCAGGGAAGUGGCUUCAGCACAGCAGUGUCCUCAGCAGGUCCUGCAUUGUCAGCCCCCAACCAGUCAAGUGCAUCUUCAGAUAAGUACGCGGCACUGGCAGAGCUGGACAGCGUGUUCAGCUCCACGGCCACCUCCAGCAACGCAUACACUGCCACCAGUAACGUCAGCAGCAAUGCUUUUGGAACAGUACCUGUGGCUGCUACUGCACAGACACAGCCUGCAUCUUCAAGUGUGCCUGCUCCAUUUGGAGCAACACCUUCCACAAAUCCAUUUGUAGCUGCCCCUGUUGCCCCUGUGGCACCUUCAACAAAUCCAUUCCAGACCAAUAGCCGAGGAGCAACAGGCCUCUCGGGAGCAAUGCACUCUCACAUAUUUCCUCAGGCUCAUUUUGCAGCAACAUUUGGUACUGCAUCCAUGAGCAUGCCAGCAGGAUUUGGAACUCCUGCCUCCUACAGUCUUCCUACUAGUUAUAGUGGCAACUUCCAGCAGCCCACGUUCCCAACCCAGGCAGCUUUCCCUCAACAGACUGCUUUUGCUCAGCAGCCAAAUGGAGCAGGUUUUGCUACAUUUGGGCAAGCAAAGCCUGUAGUAACUCCUUUUGGACAAGUUGCAGCUGUUGGAGUAUCUAGUAACCCUUUUAUGGCUGGUGCACCAACAGGACAAUUUCCAACAGGAAGCUCAUCAACCAAUCCUUUCUUAUAGCCUUAUAGACACUUUACCCAAAAGAACUCUUAUGUGGUCACAUAACAUCUCUGCGCCUCUUGCACUGUUGUCUUGUUUCACUGAUACUAGCUUUAAACACAAAAGAAGUCUUUAAGAAGUAAAAAUAAAAGCCUGCAUUGUGUACCUUUAAAAAACUUCAAAAAGAAAAAAAAAAACCACCUGACACAAAAAACAACAAAACCAAACCCCCCACCAGGUAAUAACGUGCAAAACAGAGGGCUGUGGUAACAUCCUUGAACCUGUGAAGUGGCAGGUAAAAAGUAGCGGUAUCAUGUGUAUUAAAAUUGGCUAAUAAGUUAUUGCAGAUACCACACUCAUUAUGCUGCAGUACUGUACAUACUUUUCUUAGAAAAUAGCUAUUUGUGCAUAUCAGUAUUUGUAACUUUAACACACUGUUAUGUGAAAAAAUGUUACUGGGGAAUAGAUCAGCCACUUUAAGGUGCUGUUGUAUCUCUUGGAAUGAAUGAGUUGCAUCACUUUAACCAUUGGUAUUGGAAGUCAUGAAGUUAAAUUGAAGGUUUGUUCAUUUCUCAAAAUGUUUUCCUUUCCUAAGAGCUCUUCUAUUUAUACAUGCCUAAAUCUCUAAUGUUAGAGGGAUACCUGUCUGCAUAAUAAAGCUGAUCAUGUUUUGCUACAGUUUGCAGGUGAAAAAAUAAAUAUUAGAAAAAAAA